GGGUGAUUUUCUUUUCAAUAAUACUUUCUCCAUUGAUAUUCCUUAUAUUAGAUAAUUGACAGCAGUUGUUUUAGGUGUGUGGAAAGAAAGAGCCGUGUCCGUUUCUUUGUGAGAUCAUGGCGACUAGAAGAUGGUUUCACGCGCAUGUCUCUGGACAGCAGGCUGAGGAGUUACUUAUCAGUCAAGGGCAGGAUGGGAGCUUUCUCUGUCGACCUAGUCAGACUGUACAGGGUGACUUCACACUCUCUGUCAGACGUGGCCCUGAGGUGACUCACAUUAAGAUCCAGAACAGUGGAGACUACUAUGACUUGUAUGGAGGAGAGAAGUUUGCCACUCUGGGUGAGCUGGUUAGCUUCUACAUGGAGAACCCUGGGGCACUGCGGGAGAAGAGUGGCAUUGUCAUAGAGCUCAAGAUGCCUCACAACAGUGAAGAGAUCACGGCUGAGAGAUGGUAUCACAGCGCUCUGACUGGACGAGAGGCAGAGACACUACUGUUGGCCAAGGGUCAAGAUGGCAGCUAUCUUGUACGAGCCUCUGUGCACAACCCAGGGUUCUACGUAUUGUCAGCCAGAGUGGAGGAGAAAGUCAGUCAUGUCAUCAUUCGUAACAAAGACGGACGUUUUGAUGUUGGAGGUGGUGCAGUGUUUGAGAGCCUGACAUCAUUGGUAGAGCAUUACAAGAAGAACCCGAUGGUGGAGACCUCUGGAAUUGUCAUCACUCUCAAGCAUCCCUACCAUGCCACGUCUUUCCUACCCGCUAACGUCGGUCAGCGUGUCUCAGAGCUACAGAAGCAAACUAAAGAUGUAUACGGCAAGUCUGGCUUCUGGGAGGAGUUUGAACAAUUGCAGCAACAAGAGUGCAAGCAUCUGUACAGCCGCAGAGAAGGGGCCAGACCAGAGAAUAAGCCCAAGAACAGAUACAAGAAUAUUCUCCCAUUUGACCACACUCGUGUGAUACUGGAUUGCAGUGAUCCUAGUACAGUGGGCUCUGACUAUAUCAAUGCCAACUACAUCAGUGGAGAGGUCCCGGGGUCAGAGCGCAAGUAUAUAGCUACUCAAGGUUGUAUGCCUGCCACGGUCAAUGACUUCUGGAAAAUGGUCUGGCAAGAGAACACAAGAGUCAUCGUCAUGACUACCAAUGAAGUGGAGCGGGGACGAAAUAAGUGCACUCGAUAUUGGCCAGAGAAGGAGCAGUCGAUUGUGUAUGGCAAGAUCCACGUCUACACAACAGAUGAAGUGUCCAAUGUCAUCUAUAUCCAGAAGGAGUUGCUUAUUCAUCACGAGGAUGAGGACGGUGAGGGGCGUGUCAUCUAUCACUUCCACUUCAAGGCAUGGCCUGAUCACGGGACACCACAGGACCCAGGAGCUGUGCUGGGGUAUCUGGAAGAUGUGAACUCCAGGCAGAAACAAGACGAGAGUGUUGGCCCAAUCGUGGUUCACUGCUCGGCUGGUAUCGGGAGGACUGGCACUUUCAUUGUCAUCGAUAUGAUCAUCAACCUCAUCGACUAUCAAGGUUGGGACGAAGAGAUUGAUAUUCAAAAGACGAUUCUGAUAAUUAGAGCACAACGAUCAGGAAUGGUGCAGACUGAGCAACAGUACAAGUUUGUGUACAUGGCUAUCCAGCAAUAUGUGGACUCCCACCAUGCACUCCUGAAAGUGGGAGAGAACUACGGUAACCUCAACUUCCCUGCCAAGAAUAAGGGCAGUGAUGCUGGAGCCUCAGCUGCUGGAGCCUCAGAGCCCCUCUAUUCAAAUACCUCUGGAAAUUAAAACGACUAAUAUAUAUAUUAUAUUCUUAUUAUUACCGUAUUACAUUGUUUGUCCAUUGCGUGUAUGUGUACAUGUGUAGGCGUAUCAUCUCUUGACUUAUGGUAAUGUUUAUGUUAACUAGGAGAUAGUUGUGUGUUGGUUUUUUUAAAUAAUAAUUCUGACAAAAAAUAA